AUGCCAACUAACGUUUUAAAUGUUGCUGAAUGGAGAAGCAACUUUCUUCUUUUUUUAAAUGAGUAUGAGGAUGAACUUCCGGAACCACGGUAUAUCAUGACCGAAUUGAACAUGUGGGAAGAUUAUUGGCGUAGCUUUAAAAAUUCCCUUCCUACUACUCUGACCAAACUCCUUCCUCUUAUUGAUAGAAUAACUUUUCCUAAUAUAUUUACCUUAAUUCAAAUUCUUGCAACUAUUCCAGUAACAACAUGCACUUGCGAAAGAUCAAUCUCUGUUAUUCGUCGUUUAAAAACCUAUCUACGUAACACAAUGUCACAGAAUAGAUUUAAUAGUCUUGCUUUAAUGCACGUUCACCAAGAUAUCAGCAUCGAUGUAAAUGAAGUGAUUGAUUGUUUUGCUAGGAAAAAUCCUCGUAGAAUGAAACUUGUAGAUGUUUUAAAUUCUGAUCCAAUUUAA